GCCAUCGGCGCUUGAGGAUGCGGGCUUUCACUUCUCGGUCGACUCUCCGGUGCAUCCUUGAUCCCUCACCCCUACCGUUCAGAUGGGACACUCUAUGGGCGGCACUUGCUCACACGUGUGCUACUCUGAGUGAUAACAUCCUAGCGGUUUCCUCUCCCCACUUCUUUUGCCCACCUGCCUCAACCUCCCGAGCAUCGCGAGAGCCAUGAGCUCACCGAAAAGGCUGUCAUCUGAACUAACAGGCUACAGGUUGCCGAGUCCAUGUGCGGACCAUGAGCAACACGGGGAGCUUCAUACCCGCUGCACCGCCGCCAUCCGGCGUGACGUCGAAUCCAUCGCAUCCUGAAGAUGUCGGGCACACCGCCGCGCUGGUGGUGUCAGUGGUCUGCACAGCCAUCUUCAACAUUCUUUUCUUCAUCCACGCCUACGUAAAACUCCGGGUGAAGCAGGGCAAAUUCCUUUUUGAGGACUGGUUUUGUUUAGCAGCAUGGAUUUGCACCAAUGUCCUGGCCGCUUCCAUGCUAGGGUUGACCCUGAAUGGCGCCGGACAGAAUGUAUGGGACAUGAGUCUGGAAAGAUAUACCAAUUUCCUGAAGUGGCUGUACAUCAGCAGUUGUGUUUACAGCCCAGCGGCAUUUUUUACCAAGGCUACGUUGCUGUUGCUCAUUGCUCGUGUCUUCUCCGUCAAACCAAUGUUCUCCAGAGGGGUCAAGAUUUUUAUAUGUACGCUGGCCUUGGCUUAUCUUCCGGCCCAAGGCCUCAAGGCCUUUAUUUGCACUCCUGUUUCAGCUUUCUGGGAACCAGCAUAUAACACCGUCACGACCGGGAAGAACCGGUACUGCCUCGACCAAGCACAGCUUUUCAUGUGCGAUGUUUCGAUCGCUAUCAUCACUGAUGUGGUUAUUCUGAUUCUCCCGAUCCCACUGGUAUGGGGAAUGCGAGCACCUCGGAGACAAAAGGUCAAGAUGAUAAUCCUGUUGGGGGCCGGUGGUGCCGCGACGGCGUCGACAGUCGUCAGGGCCUAUCUCAUCGUCAAGUACAUGCACUCAAAAAACAUGCCCGGUGAUUUCGCCGGGACAGUAAUAACGACGGUUCUAGAGUUGUCCGUCGGGUUUGCUUGUGUGUGCCUCCCGUCGGCGAAGCUCGUAUUCGACAGAGCGACAACGUCAAUUGAUAGCACCCACCGGAACUGGUUCGGCAGGAUGGCAUCAACCGCCCCAGAAAGGAAACCGGGCAGCGCAUCGACCUACUGGGAAUCGAUUCGGUCCAAGGUGACCACAACAACGCGAUCGGGUAGUACGAUAGCAAGGGGUCUUUCGUCGCCUAGAUUCUCUCGGCCAUGGAGACGUGGGAAUGACAUAGAGCUUGGCUUUAGCAGUGAACCGGUCGUCUUCCAGCAACGCCUAGAGGUUCCCAGCCUGAGGUCAACCUCUGAUGCGAGAUCCUUCAUCAGCCGAGGUGGCGACCACCGGGGUCUGACGGAUGCAGAAUUUGCACAUUGCUUGGAGCAACUAUCGUCCCAGAAAGGCCAGGAAGAUGAAUUUACGGACAGCAGGAAAGGCUCUAAUUUUACCGUCAACUUGGAGGAUGCCAAGUGA